UUAUCCUCCACCCGGGGCACCAGAUCCCGGAAGAGUAAUCAUCUCCCUCCCCCUCGGGGCCUGGCACCCUGUUUUGUGCCGGGAGGCCCUUCCCUUCGCUGACCUCCGGGAUGACGCCAGGUGGCAUUUCUGAAGUUACCCCCUCGCUCAGCAGGGCCCCCGCCAGCUGAGCAGCGCUCCAGACUGGCCGUUGUCGGAGGCCAGUGCCGUCCCUCGCUUUGUCCCUCCGCCAGGACGUCCGCUGUCAGCGGAUCCUCCUCCUUGGCACACUGAUCCUUUCUUUCUCAGGUCACCUCUGACCUGACUUCCAGUGACCCUUUCUAACUAGCCAAGCUGAGGUCUUUAAAAGACAAAAACAAAAGGACUUUCCCAUGGAAGAAGCCAAAACAGUCUUUUUGCGCUUUGUGAAAGAAGCUCUCAACAACUUUGCUAUUUUGAACAGAUACUAAAGAGAGCCACCAUGGGGUCGACAGCCCCAGGGCCCAUUCACCUGCUGGAGCUGUGUGACCAGAAGCUCAUGGAGUUUAUCUGCAAUGUGGAUAAUAAGGACUUAGUGUGGCUCGAAGAGAUUGAGGAGGAAGCCGAGCGCAUGUUCACCAGAGAAUUCAGCAAGGAGCCUGAGCUGAUGCCCAAAACACCUUCUCAGAAAAACCGACAGAAGAAGAGGCGGAUUUCUUAUGUUCAGGAUGAAAACAGAAACCCCAUCCGGAAAAGGCUGUCCCGCAGGCUGUCCCGGAGCAGCCAGCUGAGCUCCCGGCACCUCCGCAGCAAGGGCAAGGUGGAGAAGCUGGCCACAGUGGUGGGAGAGAACGGCUCUGUCCUGCGGCGGGUGACUCGUGCUGCAGCUGCAGCGGCGGCAGCAGCUACUGCCGUGUUAGCUACCCCUUCGCCCAGCCCUGAGUCUUCCCCUGCGCUGACCAAGAAGCCUAAAAACAGCCUGGCCCAGGGCCAGCUGGUGCCCGUGGUAGAGAUCGGCGUCCCAGAGCGCAAGAGUGCCGAGCAGCACCUUGGCCAGCUCAAGUCUGUCCAGACUCCUCUGGCUCCAUCCCCUCCGGCCACCACUCCCGCCUCCCACAGCAUCUUGCUGUCAGAGGAGGAUUCAACACCCAAGAAGCCAGAGGCUGGGAGACCAGAAACCAUCACUGUGAGUUCCCUGAUGGCUACACCCCAGGACCCCAAGGGUCGAGGGGUUGGAACAAGCCGGUCUGCCUCCAAGCUCAGGAUGGUGCAGGCCUCCCCAGGCCCGCAGGACUUGCCGGGCUCUCUGGCCUCCCCAUGGCCAGGGCGGGUGCUGACUUCCAUCCUGCCGGAUAACUGCUCCACGCCCACGGGCACCCAUGUGGACCAGCAGUCAGUGUGGCACAGCCUGAUUGCCCCGUCCUCCCCUGGCUGCCAGGUCUCCCUGGCCCAGGAGUGUUCCCUGGUGGCCAAACAGGAGAAACCUGUCCGCAGGUCAAGCAGGAGGAUUGGCAAGAAGGCCACUGAAGAGCCAGCUGCCUCUGCCCGCAUCAUCUGUCACAGUUACCUGGAGAGGCUCUUGAAUGUUGAGGUGCCCCAAAAAGUUGGCCGUGAGCAGAAGCCCAGCGAGGAGGCUGAGCCAGUAGAGGCAGCUGAGCCAGAGGUCUCCAAGGAUGACAGGAGUACCUUGUGCUCCCGUAGUGCCACCAAGAUCGCCAUUAGCACACCUGGCUCGAGGCCUUUGGCUGGUGGCCAGGAAACACCCUCUGAAGGGCAGCAAGAACCCAAGACUGACCAAGGAGAUAGCCCCAAGGAGCCACCCCAGAGUGUCAGGAGGAAGCGCAGCUACAAGCAGGCAGUGAGUGAGCUGGACGACGAGCAGCAGCUGGAGGAUGAGGAGCUGCAAGCCCCCAGGAGCAAGACGCCUUCCCCACCCUGUCCAGCCAGCAAAGUGGUACGGCCCCUCCGGACCUUCCUGCACACUGUGCAGAGGAACCAGAUGCUCAUGACCCCAACCUCGGCCCCCCGUGGCAGUGUCAUGAAAUCCUUCAUCAAGCGCAACACUCCCCUGCGUGUGGACCCUAAGUGCAGCUUUGUUGAGAAGGAGCGGCAGCGCCUGGAGAACCUGCGACGGAAGGAGGAGGCUGAGCUGCUCCGUCGGCAGAAAGUGGAGGAGGAUAAGCGGCGGCGGCUGGAGGAGGUGAAGCUGAAGCGUGAAGAGCGUCUUCGUAAGGUGCUGCAGGCCCGGGAGCGUGUGGAGCAGAUGAAGGAGGAGAAGAAGAAGCAGAUUGAGCAGAAGUUUGCUCAGAUUGACGAGAAGACCGAGAAGGCCAAGGAAGAGCGGCUGGCUGAGGAGAAAGCCAAGAAAAAGGCCGCAGCCAAGAAGAUGGAGGAGGUGGAGGCACGCCGCAAGCAGGAGGAGGAGGUGCGGCGGCUCAGGCGGCUCCAACAGGUACAAGGACAGGACGAGGAGGAGCGCAGGCACCAGGAGCUGUUGCAGAAGAAGAAGGAGGAGGAGCAGGAGCGGCUGCGCAAGGUGGCCGAGGCCAAGAGGCUGGCGGAGCAGCGGGAGCAGGAGCGGCAGCUGGCGGAGCAGCGGGAACAGGAGCGCAGGAAGGAGCAGGAGCGGCUCCAGGCCGAGAGGGAGCAGCAGGAGCGGGAGCGGGAGCGGGAGAAGGCCCUGCAGUUACAGAAGGAGCGGCUGCAGAGGGAACUGGAGGAGAAGAAGAAAAAGGAGGAGCAGGAGAGGCUGCGGGAGGAGCGGCUGGCUGAGGAGCAGCAGAGGAAAGCCAAGGAGGUGGCGGUGACCGGCAAAGGCCUGAAUGUGACUGUGGAUGUGCAGUCUCCAGCUUGUACCUCAUAUCAGAUGACUCCCCAGGGCCACAGAGCUCCCCCCAAGAUCAACCCAGAUAACUAUGGGAUGGAUCUGAAUAGUGAUGACUCCACUGAUGACGAGGCCCAUCCCCGGAAGCCCAUCCCCACCUGGGCCAGAGGCACUCAGCUAAGCCAGGCCAUCAUCCACCAGUACUACCACCCCCCGAACCUACUUGAGCUCUUUGGAACCAUUCUCCCCCUGGACUUGGAGGACAUCUUCAAGAAGAGCAAGCCCCGCUACCACAAGCGCACCAGCUCUGCCGUCUGGAACUCACCGCCCCUGCUGGGUUCCAGGCUCCCCAGCAGUCUGGCCUACAGCCUCAAGAAGUACUGAGGCCCCUGGCCCUCUUGUCAGUCUCAGCCCCUAUGCAUGUCUGCCCGCCCCUCUGUUGGUCUGGCGCCAUCCUGCCUGGUGUUCUGUCUGGGGUUUUGGCCACGUGUAUAGAAAUGUUCUCCGUGUGCUGCAGGUAGAACGUGGCCCAGACCUGUUUGGAGGCUGCAUUUGGUGGGUGGUUGGGGGAGAACCAUCCCAGCCCCACCUGACCUGCAGACAGCACUCUGUAAAUAGAUUGUUAUAAUGCAGCUGAAUUUUAGCUUCUAGUGUUCAAGAGCUAGAUUAAUAAAGUCUGUUCCUUUAA